AUGGCAGCAAAGCUCUUCGCAGCGAGACCGGGCGUCCAGGAAGCCGCGGCCAAGAGCAAAGACCUGCAGCGGAUCCUCGCCGAAACCUCCAGCGCCGCGACCUUACUCGCCCAAAACCAGUCCGAACUCGCCUCGCUGCAAGCCGCCAUCACAGCAUCCGACGCGCGCGUCAAAGACCUCGACCUCGCAGCGCAAAAAGAACAGCUCGACCACGCGCGGCUGCGCGACUCGCGCGUCAAGCGCUUCGCAUACAGCGCGACCGGCCGCAAGGCCAAGUUCGACGCGCAGGCGCGCGCCGAGGAGGCCGAGUACGUGGCGGCGCUGCAGCUCGCGCAGCGCGAGACGGAUGCCAACGCCGCGCUAAGGGCGCAGCUGCACGCGGCGCACAAGCCGCUCGGCGAGCUGCAGCGUGAGGUGGCGCGGCGGGCGCAGGCGGAGCAGGAUCUCGAGGCGCUGUACGGGACGGUGUUCAACGACGGCACAUGGGCGCUGUUUCCGGGCGAGGUGGCGGCGAGGAAGAAGCAUAUUGCCGCGCAGGAGGCGCAUCGCGCGGCGGUCGAGCGCGCGGCGGCCGAGGAGAAGGCCGCGGCGAUGCUCGGCGAGGUGCAGCAGCUCGUGAGCGGCGCCGCGGUGAAGGCGAUCGACGAGGCGCUGCACUAUUCGCGUCGGCAUCCGUUUAACAAUGGUGUCGUGGCCGACAUGCUCGAGCACGACGCGCUGGGCCGCGCGAGGAUGGCUGUCGUCAGGGCGCGCAUGAAGCUGAUCGAUGUGAGGGAGCUGAGUCCGCUCGUCGGCGACUUGCCUGAGGUGGUCAUUGGGCAGGGCAGCGGCGGCGGCGGGCCGUUUCGCAGCUGGGGGACCGACGAUGCGGGCAUGGACGAUAUUCGCCGGUCACAGGGCGAGGUGCAGCGCGCUGUCGAGGUGGUCGACGACAAGAUUGCUGCGGCGGCAGAGCGGCGGAGGGAAGUUGACGUCGAGGUCAAGGUGCGGGAGGCGGCAGUCGAGGAGGCCAGAGCGGCGCUGCAAAUGGUGCGGGAGAAGGUUUUUGCGAGUUUCCCCAGGUGA